AGCAGCCGCCAGCCGAGGGGGCCGCCAUGCCGGGCGCGCUGCGCGAGGAGACGGUGCAGCUGAUGGCCGACUACUUGCAGCACCGGCUCGGCGGCGCCGCGCUGCCGCCCAGCCGCACCGCCGAGACGCUGCGCCGGGUGGCCGACGAGCUGGAGAGCCGCGAGCGGCCGUUCUUCCGCAGCGCCUGCACGGCGGCCGCCUUGCCGCAGGAGCCGGGAGAGGCGGCCGCGCUGCUGGGCCGGGUGGCGGCGCAGAUGGAAGCCGAGGGCGGCCUCAACUGGGGCCGGGUGGUGGCGCUGGUCGUGUUCACCGGCAACUUGGCGGCGGCGCUGGCUGAGCGCGGUGCUCGCGACGAGACGGCCGCUCUGGCGGAGGCGCUGGCUGCCUACUUGGCCGGGGAGAAGCGAGAGUGGCUGGAGGCGCACGGCGGCUGGGAUGGCUUCUAUCACUUCUUCAACAAACAUGGCUCGGAUGCAGCUGACCAGAACAGUACCAUAAGCAAUGCUAUAAUGGCGGCAGCUGGCUUUGGCCUGGCUGGGUUGGCCUUCCUCCUGGCGGUGCGAUAAAAAGACUACAUCAGUGGACUUGACUUACAGGAAGGAGGGCGAGGUGGAGAAACUCUCUUCUAACACUGCCAACAUGCUGGUGAAGAGUCCAUUCUAUAUUUCUAUAACGGUUGGAAGACAGAAGCAUAUAUAUAUAUAUAUUUUUAACUAUAAAGUCGGAGCAGAACAUUGACAAGCACAUAACAUUCUAGCAGUACAAAUGAGAAACGAAUGCCGCUUAGAUUUUUGAGUCCUGGGGUUGGGCAUCUUCUUGGAGAUUGGUGCGUGUGAGAGCUGCAGUUGCAGUUGCCCCAGUUCAUCCCGGCCAACUGCCAAGCGCUGGAUGUUAUGCUAAAUGUUAAUGGUGGGCUUGCAAUGGAACCCAAGUGAAGAUGUGUUUGGAUUUCUUCUUCGUGUGUUUGCGUGUAUGUUGUGGGGCGCGGGGUGGGGUGGGGUGGGGAGAUGUUGCCUUGUGAAAUGUGAGCCAGUAUUAACAAGAAUGAGGAGCUUAACUCCACCUGUGCUGCAAUGCAAACAUUCUGAGGCCACUCGUCAAUAUACAGCUGCCAGAUCCGUAUUGCACAGAGCAUUAUAGCUUACGUGUUUUUGUUAUAAUGACAUUAGUAUAAGUUACACUACAAGUAGGCGACAAGAAUGUUGAUACCAAAACAGUAAAAGUCUGCAGAACCAGUUCUUAACUAUUGGAACGCUUGUUUGUUUGUUUUUAAUUGGUCUAUUUGGAAGUCCAUGUGAAGGCUGGGAUUUCUGUGGAUUUCCUGUCAAAUCCAUAAACUCCAUAUAACUUAAUAUAUUUUUUGAAAUAUUUAUCAUUGUAUAAUACUGGUAGCUGGUUAACAUCUAUUUUUGUUAAAUGCCUUUUUUUUUUUAAGAAAACAAACAAAACGGAACAAGCUCUCCAAAUUGCUUUCUUGGCUGUCCCUGUCGUCUACCUUGUUUAACAGUUCUAGUUUCGAUAUCUGUUAUAUUGCAUAUUGUAAAGAAAUAGUCUUCGGAAGUGUUCGAUGUCCUUUUCCUUUAGCUUGUACAGUUUUAAUAUGUGAAUAAAUAUAACUGAAUAUUUUUAUUUUAAA